UCGUGUUAACAUGUCGUGUCCAAAAUUGUCAGGUCUAAGAACAAGAAAUGGUGACAGUCAAAUCAUUAAACCCUGAUCAGUUUGAUAGAGCAAGUGAAUUGAAAGCUUUUGAUGACACAAAAGCUGGAGUUAAAGGCCUUGUUGAUACUGGAAUCACGGAGGUUCCUCGAAUAUUUCAUCAACCACCGGAUAAAAUUCAGAAAACCUCAGUGUCAGGUGAUACCCAGUUCAGUAUUCCUGUUAUAGACCUUGAAGGAGUGAAGAAAGAUCCAAUUACUCGAAAGGAAAUAGUGGAAAAGGUUGGGAACGGGUCAAGGAAAUGGGGAUUUUUCCAAGUGGUCAAUCAUGGAAUUCCAGAAAGCGUUUUAGAGGAGAUGAUGGACGGUAUAAGGAGGUUUUUUGAGCAAGACCUUGAGGUGAAAAAGCAGUAUUACACUCGAGAUUAUUCGAAACCGGUGGUGUAUAAUAGCAAUUUUGAUUUGUAUACUGGUUUAGCAGUCAAUUGGAGAGAUACAUUUUUUAGCCUUAUGGCUCCUAAUCCUCCUAAGAUGGAAGACUUGCCAGCAGUUUGCAGGGAUAUAAUGGUGGCCUACUCAAAACAAGUACAAAAUCUGGGUUAUUUACUGCUGGAGUUACUUUCUGAGGCUCUUGGGCUGAAACCUGACCACCUGAAAGACAUGGAUUGUGGCAGGGGGCUUGCUAUGCUAUGCCAUUACUAUCCCGCAUGUCCACAGUCAGAAUUGGCUUUGGGCACAAGUAAGCAUGCAGACAAUGACUUUGUCACGGUGCUUCUACAAGAUCAUAUUGGUGGCCUCCAAGUUCUUCAUGAAGAUAAGUGGAUUGAUGUACCUCCUACUCCUGGGGCUCUAUUGAUUAACAUUGGAGAUCUUUUGCAGCUUAUAUCAAACGACGCUUAUAAAAGUGUGGAGCAUAGAGUACUGGCAAAUUCAGUGGGACCUAGAGUAUCAGUGGCAUGUUUCUUCAGCACUUCUGUAAUGUCAGACUCAAGGCUAUAUGGACCGAUUAAGGAAUUGUUAUCAGAAGGGAAUCCUCCAAAAUACAGGGAAACUACAGUGAGAGACUAUGUUAUCUAUUCCAACGGAAGAGGUCUCGAUGUUGAUGGUACUUCUCCCUUGCUGCAUUUCAGGUUAUGAACUUGCCUCUGAGAGAUGCAAAGAAAUGUUGCCAUGAUAGUAAAGUUAGCUUAUGAACUGAAUCAUUUUGUAACUUUCUUAGGAUUGAACUGUCUAUUGUAUUGGAGGCAUCUGGUUGCCUCCAUUGCUUAUAUUCUUUCCUACAAAUGAGUUGCAAAAAAUAAAGAAGUUUAAGUUAAUGUGUACAUCCUGGAAUCUUGCAGCUACUUCACUUUUCAGUUUUGGCAUUGAAGCUCUUAUAUACGACUAGCUAUUCAAUCA